AUGGCUAGAGUAUGGCGUACGGUGUACACGAUGCUGCACGCGAGGAUCGGAUCACAGCUGUAUUCUCAGCCAGCAAGAUCCCCCGUCUCAUCAGCCUUGCAGCGUCCUUACGGCGCAGUACGCGCCUGCACCCCGCAAGGACACGCGCCGCCGAGCUUGCGUAUCAGGCUGGGCUGGGGAGUAGGCCGCCGCAUGCCCAAGACGAGGAACGGGCACGAACUGGCCGACUUACGCAUUAGACCAGUGCCGCCGACUGUUUCCUCCAGCUGGAGACGGCUAUCCGAGCCCAGAAUCUGCUCGCAAAACGCGCCGAGGGCAGUGACCGCCAAGUUCUGCCUUACAAACGGCCGUACUCUCGACCGAGAGUUCUACCUGGCAGCGUCGUGGUUCAGGCGCGCGCCAUCGUCGCGUGACCUGUCCGCGACAAAGCUGCUCCCUCGAUCGGGUCACGACGGUCUCGAGGACUGGCUGGGUGUGACGAGAGGUGCAGAAGCGAAGCCCGCCCGUCCAGUCGUAGCGCCUUGUGAGGCGAGCCUGUCACCUCGCGCUCGCCAUUGGCUGGAAACCUCCGGCCGUCACCCUGAGAACUGA